CGGCUACUGAGUGAACACUGAAGUAAAUAAUACCACAAACGCUUGUAAAGAAGUUAUGGCAGGAACAGGCGGUCUGUCGAAGCUGGACGUUGGUGUAUUAAGUCCUGAGCAGCAGGAGAAACUGCGACAUUUCAAGAGAGGUGCUUCUUAAAAGGCCUGCGGACAUCCGCGAGUUUGCUGCAGAUCACUUCACCAACCCAAACCUUCAUGAGGUUAUUGGCUCCAAAAUGGAAGGAAACAUGGACUAAAACACAUCCAACAGAUGCUGUGCUUCUCCUUUGUGUCUUUCUCUGUACAGAGCAACAGUUCGUAUGUAUGGACUCUAUUUUAGUAGCAACAAAGACACAAAUACAUUAAUGUCAGCCCACUACUGUUCAGUUGAUAACAUUACUGUCAGAUCUCCUAUCAUACGCACACAGGAAGCCAGCUAACAGGGAAGAUGGUAACGGCUGUUCCUAAUCGGCAUGAUUAAAGGUUAAUGAGAAGAGGAUGUCCUGUGGGUAUUAUGUGUACAGCACACUGUGCUGUUUGUCACAUCAUGUUGUCACAUCACCAACAUGAUUGUGAAGGGAUUUGCUGAGGGCUGGAGUUUGUGUUUAUGGCUUGCAACUACGUCUUCUACCAGAACUGUCAGUAUUUGUUAUCUGCAUAGUGGGCCCAGUUGCUGUAGUCUGCACUGAUCUGGACACGGACCAGUCAAGAUAUGAUAUUUACUCUAUUUACUUAUUUCAUGAUGACGCUACAAACAGUUUUUCUCUCUUUCUCCUCCUCUCACAUUCCUUCCCUGCUGUCAUUUUUCCAUAUCCUGUUCUCUUUUUAAAGACAUUUUUGUGCUAUUGGAAAAUUGGAUUCACAUUUAUGUGUGUGAAGGAAAAAUUAUAGACUGCAAAAACAUGUAUAAAGGUGAAAAUGUCACAGACUUUACUGACUUUGAAUUUCUAGAGAUAAAUGUAGUCUUUUUUCAUUCCAUAUUGUGUUUGUUGGAUUUAGUAUCCGUCAGCCAUUUCAGCUGCACCUUAACCCAGAUUACUUUUGCAAUGGCCUUAACAUUCAGAUGUGCUCGGGGUCACUGAUCUGUACUCAAAAGAUGUUUAUGUUUGCCUUCUUCCUCCAUGGGGUGUAUGAAUAGAGCUUCUGUUUUGUGGUUAUCUUCCUUUAUUUGUUACUUAGCUUUUAGUUCCAUAAUUCCAAUUUGGUUUUGUUGUGUGGAUUUUGUCAGCCCAUCCAUCCAAACGACGUACGAUCUGAUGAAUAAUCAUGACAUCCUAUUAUAUAAGCUUAAAAAUAAAUAUACAAUUGCUCUAUCGUCCACUUGUCUCUUUCGGCUUGUGUGUCAUGGUGUCACAUUUGUAUGGUUUUAUGAAAAGAUUAGAAUAAAAGCUGCAACUUUACACUUGAUAAGAUUUAUAGGAUUAUUAUACCUUGAUGCUACCUCUUAACAGUGAUGUUUUCAUUUGGUUGACAUCAGAAAUAUUCAUGAACGCUGUCUGUCUUCCUGUCUCUCUAACACACACACACACACACACACACACACACACACACACACACACACAAACAAACACACCCCUAGCAUUUUAAUACCAUGCACCUGCUUCGACUCAGUUGAGUACAGGUAACCACCCAACCAACUCACAUGAGACGAGGCAGAGGCAGAUGAUCAAAAGGCACAUCAUCACUUUGCCGACAUCCUCUUUUUAAAUUGCAUUGUUUCUAGGAUCUACUUGGGAGCAGACACAGAUCAUGUAAGUAGAAACUAAUUUUCACAUAAAUCAGUAAGUUAUUUUUAAAUUUUUGUGAUGUGUUGAUACUUUCAGAUAUGUAAUUGUUGAGGCAGUAACAUUGGUGAUAUGUAUAGGUAUAAUACAGAUGUUUUUUGGUGUGUUUUAAUGGUUACUUAUUUUGUAUGUCUAAAUAUUCUUUAUAUUUUUUGAUGACUGAUACACACCUGUGAUUAUAUAACCAGCAAGUAAAUAAUUCAGCAAUAAAGGGCUGUCUGACUUUAAAAGACAAUUUGUUAUAAGAGAGGUUAAUAUUCCUAUGUUGUUAUUUUUAGUAUACCAUUCCUGGUAAUCAUCAGGCAUAUUUAAAUGACAAGUCAAAUCAAUGGAAAGUAAACAAAUCGUAUGAAGGCAAAAUACCAUCAUGCAAAUGUUUUACAGGGAACAGCAAUAUGUGAGAGGCAAUGGCAGAGGUGAUGGAGGAAGAGGGGAGAAGCUGAAAAGUACAUCAUGUAUGUUACUGAACAUGUUUUUCACAGGGCGUUACCCUCCAAAGUCUCCCGUAGGAUGAGUACCAAGGGUGGUAACUAGAUCACCAAUCCUCAGAGGUGGAAGUAUGUCAGAAAACUGGCGGUGGCUCACAUGGAGACAGGCUCCAUAACACCUAGAGAUCUAAUAAAUAUUACAGAAAGAAAAAUAUGUCAAAGCAAAAUGCAAAAAAUGCAAAUCUAAGUCAAAAUCACUUUUAAAAUGGGUUGAUUGUAAUGCUCACUUUGUCCUCAUGCUCAACAGACACAGGCAGGCUGGUGUUUUCACCAUGGCCCCAAAAGGAGGAACGUUUUUCUUUUUACUCAUCGUGUCCAGUGCCGCCUUGGCUGAGCCACCAGGUGAGAUGCCUGAAGAAAAACCUGACUUCAAGAAAAUAUCUAAAAAACUGAUGAAGACUUGCAUUAAAAAGGGAUACGAGGCGCCUGAGCUGAUGGAGCUGAAAGCUCUCUACAGAAACAGUGACUUGCCCGUGGCAGACAGAGACCCUGAGGAAUCCAACGCCAUCAUACCUGAUUUUCUCCAAAUGCUCCAAUCAGUCCGUCCUGCCAAAGCCAACAAAGACCCACAAGUCAACACAAUGCCAAACAAGAAUUUGAAACUCCGCAGUCUUCUAACCAUGAUCAAGCUGAUGAGAAACUCCCCUGCGGCGUCUGCAUGUUAUAUGCAAGCAUUUGUGGCUCCUCUGUCCUUGAAGAUUCUGACCUCUCACUGCGACAACAACAUGACCACAGACGACUACAACACACUGCAAUGGGCUGCCAAACCUGCCCUGAAGUAUAUGCUGUUUAGAGGAAUGAAUCUUCCUCCCAAUGUUGACCUGAACAAGACGAUGGAGAUAAUGAACGAGGAGCAUGGUGCCAUGUCUAAACAACAAAAGAGAAAGAUGGUGAAAUGGGUAAAAGAACAGAUUGCCCAGAAGUAUUUCAACUGUACAAGGAGGCUGCCAUCUGACUCAAAAUCAAUGCCGAUAAAGAACUGCAAACCCUCACUGGAAUGGCUGAACGCAGAGACGCUGAGCAUGAUGGGACCUUACAUCUCCCUUUUAGACCCAAGCGAUGUUGAUCCUGCUCCCAAAGAACAGCUGUGUAAAUAUUUCCACUCAGGCCAGUUCAAAUCCGCCACGAGUAUGACCACCAAGAUGAAUCCCAGUCUGGGCAAAAAGUUGCUGCAAAAAAGUCAAGGGUGCUUCCGUGAAGAGGAGCUUGCUAUGAAUGUGGACAAGCUCGGCAUACUGGUCUGUCAUUAUUCUGCUGGUCCAAACUUGACACUUGACCUCAGCUGGAAACUCCUCUCUGAGCUGAACGAUCGCAAGGACUGCGGCAACCGAGGCAUCACAGGGCUGAGGAAACGCCUCGUCAAGAUUGUGGCGUCACAUACCAAUGGCUCUGAAGCAUUACACAUGCUGGGCAGAAGUAUUGCCUUGUUGUCUCCCAAACAACUGAGCGAGUUCCCUGACAAAGAUCUCAAAGAAGUUCUGAAAAAUUUGAGUUCUUCUGGAAAUCUCACCAUCCGAUGGAGGCCGGCCCAGCUGCGGGCCCUCGCCAAGAAACUGAUGGACAAAAAGUUCGGAAAGGUUUCUGGCAAAGAGCUGAUGGACCUUCAGCCAGUUGUAGGGGGAUUGCCAACCUUUAUGUUCAGGCAUGUCAAGGAGAUCCUGAAUGAUACCGAGGGCCUAAAGAGGAUCUCCAAGUGGAUGAGGAAGGGGCAGCGGAUGGCCUUGCUGCAGGGGUCUUUUGGAGAUGUGGAUCUCCUACAGCUGGUGAAGAAGUUGCCUGGUGCUUUGCUUUGCAGCCUUUCUCUAGACAAACUGAGGAAAGGAAACAUCACCUCUUGGGACCAAGUGGUGAAUAAAGAAUGGAAGCGGUCACAGGCAGCUUUCCUGGUCAAAAAGUUGUAUAAUUCAAAGAAGCCUUGGUACAAGAGACUGCAUUCACUUAUUCGGGGAGUAACCUGUAAGAUGAUCGACGAAGUAGCAGACAGCGACACAAAAGACAUGGCUCAGGCCAUAACAGAGACUCCACAGUGGGUCUCCAAACUGCAGGCAGGAUGUGUUGCCCAAAAGCUUUUUGCGACUUUGGAGAAAGAGAGAGCCGACUAUUUCAAAACCAUCACUGAGGAGGAGAUGAAAAACAUUCCCACAUGUUUACUUCUUCACCUGCCGCCUUUGAAGAUAAAGGAUUUGCCUGACUCUGUGUGUCCCACCUUCAUCGACAAGAUCGAAGAGGCCGACCUGAGCUUGUUACCUCAUCAUUCCCCGUCUCGCCCUGCACUCACCGAGAGAGCACUGCUUUGCCUGGCCAAAGGGACAAACUUAUCUCGGCUGACCGAUGAGGAUGUGUCCAGCCUCAAACCUCUUCUGUGUGAGCUUCAGUCUUCCCAACUGCUCAAAAUGGCCCCUGAUGUCCGGAGCUCCGUACUCCAGGACAUGGCUGACUGCCAGUACAUUCCUCAACGCCACAGGGCAGAAAUAACUCAGCUGGUCACGCAGACUUUUGGGGAUCCAUCUAAUAUGUCAGCUGAGGAUUUGGAAGCACUGGGUCCCCUCCUCUUUUUGAAUGACAGUGCUACAUCAGCUCUGCCCAAUAAGCCUUGGAUGAAGGACAUUCUCUGUUCCCUGAAGUCGAACCUGUUCCAUGCCCCGGAUGCCCUGAGAAAGAAAUGCUUCGAUCUCAUCACCGCCAACAAUAAGAAACCCACUGUGGAGUUGAUUGAAGAACUACAAAUGGACAAUGUCUACUGGACAGCAGCACAGCUGGAAGAGAUGUCAGCCGAGACCUUCCUGGCUGUUUUCGAAGUCCUUGGGGAUGUCUGUGGCUUCAAUGCAAACCAACUAGCUGUGCUCAGCAAAAAAGCAAAUGAGACCUUGGGCCCAGUGUCCCAGAUGACCGAGAGUGUGGUGAUGCAGUUAGGAUGUAUAAUUCGGGGCUUCUCAGACGCAGACCUGGAGGAGCUCCCCAUCCCACUGGACUCUCUGGAGAACAUUGCCAAGUGUGGCUGGAAAGAGUCACAGAUGAAGUCGGUGUGGAGGGGCGUCGCUAAGUAUAACAACCUGACAGCGCAACAGCUGGGAGCUGCUGACAUGGUAGAACUGAACCAGUUCAUGUGUGGCCUAGACCCCGACGAGAUCAGUCAGCUUGACAUGGACGCCUUCAGGGAAGCUGUGGGCUCAAUGGAUGAUGUCCAGUUCCCCCCCACGGCUGCACGACGCCUGAAGAGUCUUGCUGUGUCUGCAUUUGGAAAUCCCAACACCUGGCCUGAAGCUCAAGUGUCUGACCUGGGCACCAUCAUUGCUGGGUUGAAUGGAACGGAGUUGGCUUCUUUAGACCCGUCUGUCUUUCCUUUUCUCAGCCACCCGUGCAUCCCAGUGAUAGCACCAGACAACUUUGCUCAACUCUCUCCUGAUCAGCUGAAGGCUUUUGAACCUGAUGCUGCUGCCAAGGUAACUGCUGAACAGCGAAGUGCCCUGGGAAAGAAGCAGCUGGACGCUCUUGAGAGCGCCGAGGCCGGGUCACCUUACCAAACUCAAAGAUCUGACCACUCAGGAGCUCCAUCUCUGAGUGUCGAGGGGAUCUCAGCCUUCACCACGCCCCUUCUGUUUCUUCUGAUGGGCUUCCUGCUGCUGUGAAAACAGAGCGCCACCGCAUCCAACUACAAAAGUAGCAGACGCUUUCAGCUAACCACACACACACGCACGCACGCAGCCACACUAAAUCAUUAUAGGGCAUUUGUGACGUAUAAUUCUUCUGUUAUUUGUGAUGAAGACGUCUCUCAGACUGUCUGACAUGAUCUGUGUAUGAGUGCAGGAUUAGGGCUGUUAAAGGGAUAGUGCACCCAAAAAUUAAAA